AUGGCGGGUGGCACGGAAUCCCCAAGGGGCGGAAUCCUGCCCAGCCAUGUGCAGAGGACCCCCAAAAACCCUGUUAUCGUUGCGUAUCUAUGGGACUCGACUGCGCAUAUCACAGCUCAUAUAAUCGUGGUCAGAAGCGAAAAAGACAUGAGUGCGUCUCCGAGAGAAAGACAGCAGCUUGGACGCACCAAUUUUGCGCGUCCGCAGGGAACAGAAGGACAACAGCAGCUGGAGGUAGACGAUAAAGGGGAUGCGAGUGCACACACCUUCUUGAGUCGGGUAUACAGUCACCUCAAAUCUAUGGGUCAAUCUUUACCGCGGAAUCUAUCCCGACCAGCUGAGGAGGUCCUUAGCGAACACCCGCUAAAGAUAUCUCUGAUUCCUCUGGAUCGUCGCCUGGCAGAGGAGUACAUUGAUUGUUUUCACAGUCACUCAUGUGCGACUUAUCGCUAUAUUACUCGAAGCCAGAGCAUAGAGUUUCUCGGAAAGCUCUAUUCCGAGGAUGAAAGCUUCCUGCAGGAUGAUGCCAGUAUGGCGGUUAUCUUGCUGAUUCUCGCCGUUGGGUGCAUCUGGUACCCUUCUUUGCACAAUCGCGACUUAUUCGAGUAUAAAACCAAAGCUUCACGACUGUACGAAGCCGCGCAAUCAAGGUUGGAGAAGACAGCAUUCAUGUUCCCUCCCUCAAUUCUAGUGAUGCAAGCGCACUGUCUUAAGUGUCAGUUUCUGCUAGCCGUCAAUAUUUUCAACAGUGCUUGGCUAGCAGUAGGGACUGCUGUCCGCCUUGGUCAGAUAGUCGGUUUCCAUAAAGCCAAAGCUACAGGCUCCAAUAGUCGAGAUGAAUUCACCCGCAGGGGUGUGUUUUGGUCACUGUAUAUUAUGGACCGGUAUCUUUCUGCCGCUCUUGGGCGUCCAAUAAUGAUAAAUGACGACGAUAUCACAAUACCGUACCCAGACGCUAAGGUGUCAUCCUCACAGGGGAUAGAAGACCCUCAUGAAGCCAAGACCGUCCCUGGAAUUGUCGCGCACAUAAAACUUGCUCAGAUCACAUCACAAGUACUCAGGAGGCUUUAUGGCUCUAAGAAGCACGACAAGGUCGCCCGGGAUGAGUCGGUUUCCCAAAUCGAAGCACAGCUCAGUAACUGGUCAGAAGAAACCCCGGGAUUCUUCAAUCCGGAAGAACAGUCAGACCAGAAGGAAAGCGAAGUCUUUUAUGAUGUCCCCUGGAUAUUCAAAAGGCAACAACGCACUAUUCGUGCUGCUUUCUUUUUCACAUUCAUGCAGCUUUAUCGAGGAUACUUGUUGGACGAGUUUCUUCAAGCAAAUUUUCACGAUCGGUCCGCCUUGGCCCCAGCACCACAGGUACAGAAAUGUAUACAGGCCGCGUUGCAAAUGGCGUUGUUGGCCGCAGAGAUCAAAGAGGAUGUUACAUACAACGCAGUCUUUUGGACAACGUCCUACUUUACCUUCUGCGCUAUUUCAAUCUUGACCGUAUAUCUUACCUUAUACCCCGAAAUCGAAAACCGUGCCGUCAUUGAGAACGUCCUGGAACGGGCGAUAGAGGGCCAUCGAAAGCUUGACAACAGCAUGAAUAAACAUUCUCAGAGGUUACUUGAAGACACCAGGGCUAUUGCGCAGCGGGCCUUCAGAUCAUCCAGGACCAGGCUAAGCACUUCGGGUGCCAAUGAUAGAACGGCCAUCAUGCUCAAUGAUGCUAAUGCAUCCGUCACCGUAGAGCAGCCAAUUCCGCCACCAGGCUCUGGCUACCCACGGGUUGAAAGGCGGGAAGAAUGGGAGGAUACCCAAGGCGUAGUGGACAACAUUGACGAAGCCCCCAUCCCCGGUUUGAAUGAACUUGCAGACAUCGUCAAUGGUGAUGACCUAGGUUUCAUCAUGAAUAUUGGCUUUGAUGCCUCGCCACUCAAUGAUGUAGACCCACUUCAGUCUUUCGUUGCCGAUAAGUUCUCAAGGCCUGGACCGCAGGCGUGA